AGAAUAACCUUAUUCUCUUGUUUCUGUCAGUUAAACCUACAGUUUUUGCAGAAAGGCAUGGCAUGGCUCAGCAGCAGCAAGAUUAUGACAGUUACUGGGAGUGUUUGGGCUCCAUGAUGACCAAAUUCCAGCAAUGUGCUUACCAGCAUUUCCAGAGCAAGGUAUAUCUGAUUAUACCAUGGCUUCUAAUGGAAAAGACACAACUAUGGCAUCCCCAGAGCAUGGGGAGGAAGAGCAACAGAAUGUCUUGAGGAGGGUGGCCAGUCAACCUUUAGUCAACUCUGCCUGUGAUCUGGCUGCCACUGCCUAUGUUUCCACCAGGGAGAGCCAUCCCUAUGUGACGUCCAUCUGUGACAUGGCAGAGAAGGGAGUGACCUCCAUAACCAGUGCUGCAGUUAGCAGUGCACAGCCAGUUGUAACUAAACUUGAACCUGAGGGGACAACAGAGGAGGAGUGUGUUUCUGAAGUACCUGACAAAGUGGAGGGGAAUCUACCAGUCCUUCAACAGACUGCUGAUGAGGCUACAUCUGAGACACAGGAGUUGGCCUCUUCCAGACUGACAGAUGUCAAGGAGGCCAUGAUCAGAGUGGUAGAUAUGACCAAAGAGGCUGUGCAGGACAGUAUGAAGACCACCAAAUCAGUGGUAACUGACAGCAUGAGCACAGUUGUGGAAUCAAGAAUGGGCCAAUUGGCCAUAAGUGGAAUGGAAGCAGUGCUGGAGAAAUCUGAAGAGCUCUUGGAUCACUAUCUUCCCAUGACAGAUGAUGAACUAGCUGAACUUGCUGAAUCUGUGGAAGGGGCUGAAAUCUCUUCAGCACAACCGCAAGAGCAUCGGAGUUACUUCGUGCGUUUAGGUUCCCUGUCAACCAAACUUCGCCAACGUGCUUACCGCUACUCCCUAAACAAGAUGAGACACACCAGUCAAUGCAUCAGAGAGGCUCUUUCCCAGCUUCAUUUAACCAUGGGACUGAUUGAAUACCUUAAGCGAGGUGUUUCUCUCCAAGAAGUCCAGGAGAAGUUCCAUCGCAUAUGGCUGAGCUGGAAUAGAGAGCAGCCAGAAAGCAGUGAAAUCAAGGAUUUGGGAAAACCAGAGAUGGAGUCUGAGACCCUGGCUAUGUCCCGCAGCAUUAUCCAGCAGCUGCAGGAUGCCUGCCAGAUGCUAGUAUCCAGCAUUCAAGGUCUCCCCACCAACUUUCAGGAUAAGGUGAAACAGAUGUAUCACAACAUGGAAGAGCUUCAUGCAUCCUUCUCCACUGCCCAUUCCUUCCAGGAUCUCUCCAGCAGCCUCCUAACCCAGAGCCAGGAGAUGGUGACCAAGGCCCAGGAAUAUGUAGAUGAGCUGAUGGCAUACGUGAUGGAGACUACUCCUCUGUCUUGGGUUGUGGGACCCUUCAUCCCAUUAGGUAAGGGGUCUGCAGACGCCAUUGAACCACACAACCAAGAAAAUGAGGCUGAGGAAGCCUCCAAGUCUAAGGAGGCCCCGUGACCUAGAAACCUGAAACUUCUAAGGACAAAGGCAAACUCAUUCAGUCUUCCUUCUGACUUCAUGUGUACUGGCAUAUGUGAAAGAAGACACCAGUGGCUAGUACUCAUAUGCACUGUGCCUAAUUCUCUCAUAAUUUCUGGAGGUGGUGUUGUGUGACUGCUGUAAUGUAGAUAGCUUCUCAGCUCAGAUACUACUUGUUUGUGUUGUCACUGUCUUCAAAAUAAAAUGUCACUUCAUUUGAAUGAAGGUCUAAUCUGCUCUUUCUAAGAAGUGAUUUCCUGGCCUCCAGUAGACAUCUGUGCCUGCCAUUAGUCAUGCUAUCUGUAGCCUUAUUUGCCAGUAGCAGCAACCACUGGCAUUAGUGUGUAGAUGACACUUAAAAGCCUGGGAAGCUUACCCCAUAUACCAUAGAACCAAAUCCAGAGCCUUAAUUUCUAAGUAGUUCUAGAUCACUACUCAGACCUGUAAACAUGCUCUAGUUUCUGGUGAAACUGGGAACAGAAAUAAGUGUUGCUCUCAUGGCUGUGGUAGAAUUGCACUUAGGAUUUCAGGUUGCUUUUCAGACGUUGCUAACAGUGCAGUUGGUGAAAAUUCCUAGCACUAUCUAGCCAACCUGGGCUAGAUACUACCUGGGUUGCUCUGUCCUGGCUCCUGCCCCAGGAGAGAACAGGCCUGGGAUUCCUUUGCCUUAUCUCAAAAAAGGGCUGUCCCUAGAGGGGCUCUAGGGCAUAAAUGUCAUGCCUAUUAAAAUAUUGGUUAAUCUGGUGGGCGAUUUGCUAGUAUGUAAUCUCAAGCACCUAUAAAAUCACUUGGAAUCUGUAUCAAGGCUGCAUAUCUACAAACUUCACAGCUGGAUUUGUGAAAGGUUGCAUGUGUAUAGCCUUUCCCUGAGGAAAGCAGGCCCUUUAAAUCCACAUCAUGGGUGACAAGUAUCAGAGGUAGCAGUGUUUUGUUUUU